GAGAGGAACACGAUACAUUUUUCCACUAAAAAAUGUUUUCCUCAAACGUUAUUACAUUUAUUUUACAAUUUUCCCCAUUUAAAUAAAAAGUGUGUAAUUAUUUAAAAGUAAUUAAAUCAAAUUAAUUUAUUUUUUUUCUAAUUUAUUUUGUUUUUUUUUUUUUGAAAUUCCAAGAUUCAUGUGCGCGGGAAAAAUAUUGUGACAGCAAAUUCAAUUUUUUUUUCAUUUAUUUUGAAUUUAAAAUAUUCGUGAUAUUAUUGAGUGGAACGAAUAAUUAAAUUUGAUAAAUAAAUUGUUUAAACAGAUCGGUUUUUAAUAUUCAAUGUUAAAUUGAGAAAUUUUUAUUUAUUUAAAGAGAACACAUUUGUGUUAGAAAUGAGAACCAGUUUUUAGUGUUUUAUGAGUGGUAUUUUUAUGUUGUAUUCUCAAUAAAUUUUAUGUUGGAAGAAAAAGAAAAUGCAAAACGGAAAUAGUGAGAAAAAAAUGGUUGAAGCAAGUGAAAAUGCUAAUAAAUCGAAAAUUCUACCAAAUCGAAAAUCAAAAUUUUGGGCAUAUUUUUGGUGGUUAUUUGGAGGAGUUUUUGGAGCACAUCAUUUAUAUUUAGAUAGGGAUGAUCAUGCCCUUAUAUAUUUAUUUACCUUGGGUGGAUAUUUUGGAGCUGGAUGGCUGAGAGAUUUAUUUAAAAUACCAACAUACGUGGCUUGCGCCAACAAUGAUCGCACCUAUCUCGAUUGGUUCACUUUUCAAGUUAGAACAAAUAAAAGGCCUCCAUUUUCAACUGUACGCUUUUUAGGAUCUAGUUGCGUUUCAUAUUUAUUUGGUCAAUUGCUCUAUUCAUCAAUUCCCGAGGAAGAAUUUAAUGGAAUUAAUUUUCGACAUCUUAUUAUUCUUGUACCAGGAGCAAUUGCUUUAGGCACAUGGUUUGUGGGAAAUGUUGGAAAAGAAAAAGGCUCAUUGUGGAUUCCUUUGGUGGCAUCUUACAUUUGCUAUCCAACUCUCUACUAUAUUGGAGAUGAAAGCACAUGGAUGGGUUUAAUGAUUUUAGCAUCCUUUUUAAGUUUUGAUUCUUUUGCCAAGGAAUGGCGUUUAAGGCCAAAGAAAAAAAGAUCACUACGUGUUCGAAUUGCAAUUUUAACAGCCGCAAUUCUUAUUUAUUCAUCGCUAUGGGCAAGUUACUUUUAUUUUAAUGCCACAAUCGUUGACAAUGAUGGCGAGGAAAUAAAAUUAUCCGAUGCAGUUAAACAUUUUCUCACUUCUCCAAUUUGGAUGGAUCUUAAGGCGAGUUUAGAGGCAACUUGGCAAGAGGCAAAGAAUCAAGGAUUCUGGGCGACUUGGAGGCAAAUAAUUGAAUUAUCGGAUCCUAGAGGCGAAAUAAACGCCUAUAAAAUUCUCGGAUUAUCUCAGACUGCCUCGCAAAGUGAAGUGACUUCCAGAUGGAGAGCUCUCUCGCGAGAGAAUCAUCCUGAUAAAAUCAAAGGAAGUGACGAGGAACGACGCAUUGCUCAAGAGAAAUUUAUGGAAAUUCAGCAAGCUUAUGAAAUUUUAUCGAGCGCGAAAAAUCGCAGACAACGACGAAAUCGAAAAUCCGAAAAGUAGUACUCAUUCUCGGUUCCUCAUCGAUUUCAAUCAUCUUGUUACCUGUGAAACUAGCUGUUAAGUGUCUCAUUAGCAUUUUUCACUUUCUCUCACGAACGUUAUUUUGCCGAAGUUAAAGUGCGAAAAAGUCAAUUUUUUUAUUAUUGUUAAGAAGAAAAUAUUAAGAUCACUCAGGAUCGUAUUAUAUUGGUGAAAAUGGAAAUUAAUGUCCACAUUAAAAAAUAUAGGCCGCCAAUAAAAAUAGAAAUUAAUAUUCAUUAAUUAUUAUUAUAUUCAUAUUAUUUAUUUAUUUAAUACAGAAACCCGUUACUGUGUUAAAUAAAUAAAAAAAAUAUAUAUAUAUUAAUUAAUGAUUAAUUACUCAAUAUCCAAAAAUUAAUUUAUUUAUAUCAAAAGUUAUAUUCUAGAUAUUAAAUGAAAUAUAAUAUAUGUAUGAUAUUUAAUUAAUAGAAUUGAAAUUAAAAAAUCCACUAAAUGAAUGGACAUUAAUUUUUUGCGUUAUUUUGUAUAUGGCAUUCGAUAAUUAUUUUUAGAUUGUGCCGAGUCCAUUGAAUUGAAAAAUAAGACUAAAAAAAUAGGUCGCAUCGACCAAAACCGUCCAUUUUAUUAACAACGAAUGUAUAUUUAAUUAAUAUUUUUCGAUAAUAUUAUAUAUAAUAUACAAAAAUGCUACUGAUAGAA